UGGGCGGCCCCGGCAGCACGCUCGGUUGCGGGGCACAGUCCCCGCUCGGAGUCCGUUUAAGGGCGUGACGUGUGAGGUAUAUGUGCUCCACACAGAGAAGAGCUUUCACAGGGUGGCAAGAAUGUUCCUCACGUCCAAAGAUGCAAAUUCCAUUCUGAAGCGGGUUCCAAGAGCAAACCGUUUUCUGGAGGAGAUCCGACAGGGCAACAUCGAGCGGGAGUGUAUGGAGGAAAUCUGCGGGUACGAGGAAGCAAAGGAAGCAUUUGAAAACGAAGAGAAAAUGAUGGAGUUUUGGAAGGAAUAUUCCAACAACUUGUACGUGACACCCAGGAACAACUCUGGGCUGCGUGUGGAGCGUACCGAUGCCAUCUACGUGGUGGUGCCACUGUUGGGCGUUGCCCUGUUGAUCGUCAUCGCCCUGUUUGUGAUCUGGAGGUGCCAGCUGCAGAAGGCCACCCGACGGCGCCCCACGUACUCUCAGAAUCGCUACCUGACCAGCCGGACCACCCGCAGCCUGCCUCGCGUGCUGGUGCACAGGGAGACCCCUCACACCCAGCCGGACUCGUCUCACCACGAGCAGGGGGCCAGGCCUAGCACCGAGCGGGGAGAGCACAGCGCACAGCCCUCCAACAGGACACUGUACGUGCAGGAGCAGUCCGCCUCCGUCUCUUCCAGACUCUCCAACGCCACCCCACCGCCUUCCUACGAAGAGGUCACCGGACACGUGGAGAGCACCGUGGAGGAGAGCAGCACACCGUAUAGCGACCCGCCACCGAAGUACGAAGAGAUUGUCAGAAUAGAUCCCUCGGUGUCACGCCAGCACACCAACAAGUAACCGGCUCGCUGGGGAGGGACAAGAGGGGAGUUUGAGAGAACUUGCUGAUUCAGUGAUUAAGACAUACAGUGAAUGAGUGAGUGUGUGAGAGACGCUUUGCUCUGAGACAACCGUGUCUACCUGCGACCAUUUGGGUGAAACUUUACUUCGUAGAAAACUUACACGCAAAUAAUUUUUUUUUAAAAAAAUGUGUCAGACGUUGUGAGCCAGGAGGGCGGCUCACAAAGCAAGCAUUCCUGUAACUGAGAAGAAUACUACAGUGCGGGGAGGAGAUGGAUGGAAUGAACGGACAAUUUGUUUUUGUUUUAAAGAGAAAGAAGUUGUUUGUGCUGUACAACACUGGAUUUAAUACUGUGCAGAAACACUUCAAAUUCCUUCUUGUGGGGUGGGGAAAGUGCGCUGGUGGUGAACAGGAAGAGCGUCCUGAGUCAGCACUGACUCCAUGUAACUCACUCGCUAUGUCCGGGGAAAGCAACGGACUGUGAUCGAUGUGAGUCACAACCCCUCAUACUUCUGCCUUUAGCACAGCAACGAUCGCUGCCGUUUGUGUCACUUAUUUUCACUAUCCUCACAAGGCUUGUUUUUGCACAAGCGUGGAGAGUGGAGCCAGUGCUGCAGAGAUUUAGGGGAAAGCUAGUGAUAGCCUUGGAUGUUCUUUCUUAGGCGGGGGUGUGGAAGAGGGGAGGGCGCAGAGGGAGAAAUCUGCCAUAUACAUGUUUUUUUAUUUUAAAAAAAGCACAGGGGAAGAAGGUACGGCUUAUAACCAGACUUCUGCCACCUCGGUUUACACCUACAUUAGUUCAGGAAGUGCAGAGGGGGCCGGGGAGGGAAGAGAAGCUGGUUUGGGAUGGGCCACAAAACCUCCGUUCCUGAAAUUAUGCUGUUGCCACUAACCGCAGAAUGGGUGGGGGGGAGGAUGUUUAUUCCCGACCCACCUGCUCUGUGCUCUGGAUUUAGGAAUAGUUGGAAAGUUACAAGGGGGAAGGGGCUGGUUGUGCUUAAGGCUAACCAGAAACUAAAGGUGCUUAGUGCUUCCCUUAAUUGUGCAGUGUAACUAACAAAUAACAGCCUGAUGUGCUGUCUCUGACUGGAUGUUGCAGUCUUGGAAGCACUAAUGAAGGUUGAACAUUGACCAAGUUUUGGGGAUGAAAAUAUGAGAUGCUUAAAAGAAUUUACUAUUGGAAAAUAAUUUUCCAGGCGAAAGGGAGAAAAAAAUCUCUCCCUU